AUGGAGUCUUGGUCGGCGUAUGUUGAACGUUUGGAGCAAUUCUUCGAGGCUAACGACAUUGGAGCGGAGAAGCAUGUUCCUACAUUGAUAAGUUGCAUGGGCCCAACAACCUAUGGAUUAUUAAGGAAUUUAGUUCAACCGGACGUGCUGAAGGGAAAGACGUACAAGGAUAUUGUGGAUGUACUGAGGAAGCAUUUGGAGCCUAAGCCGUUAAUUAUAGCAGAAAGAUUUCGCUUUAACCACUGCAGUCAAAAGGCUGAUGAGACUGUGACUAGCUAUGCAGCCGAGCUAAAGCAGUGUGCUGUGCAUUGUGAGUUCGGGGCAUCGUUGGAUGAGGCGCUGCGGGAUCGCUUAGUCAGUGGAAUUCGCAAUGAAGCUUGCCAGCGACGGUUGCUGUCGGAAGCGAACCUGACUUUUGCACGAGCUUUUGAACUUGCUUUGAACAUGGAGACUGCUGAGAAGGACGCACACCAGCUCCGGAAGCAAGAUUCGCACGGGGAGCCUGUGCACAAAGUGGAAGCGCGGCCAUUCAACUCAACGGAGAGGAAGUGUUACCGUUGCAAUGUACCACUAGAGGCCGCUAGCAUCAAGCUCAAGACGUACACAGGGGAAGUAAUGCCUGUGCUAGGGCAGUUUGAAGCCACAGUUAGCUAUAAACAGCAAACAGAACAGCUACCUGUGAUUGUAGUGAAAGGUAGUGGUCCAGCAUUAUGUGGCAGGAACUGGUUAAAGAAGAUAACCUUGGAUUGGAAAGAAAUAAAGCAUAUAAGUGAGAUGCACCAACCAAAAUCAAUUGAAGAAGUGUUGGAAUUACACUCCGAAGUGUUUAAGGCUGAAUUGGGCACUCUGCGUGGCAUUACAGCCAAAAUUCUUGUAAAUCCUGAUAUCAGCCCGAAGUUUUGCAAGAGCCGUCCACUACCGUUUGCCAUGAAGGCAAGAGUGGAUGCUGAGCUAGACCGACUGGAGAAGGCCGGCAUAAUCUCACCCGUUAAACACAGUGAAUGGGCGGUGCCGGUGGUGCCUGUGGUAAAAAAGGACAAUUCAAUUCGGUUGUGUGGCGAUUAUAAAAUAACUGUAAAUCAAGCCACCACCACAGAGACCUACCCACUACCUCGAAUUGAGGAGCUAAUGUCCACACUGAGCGGUGGGAAAUUGUUCUCAAAGCUUGACCUCGCCUCAGCGUACCAGCAGGUCCUUCUAGAGGAGGAUUCGAAGAAACUACUGACCGUCAACACACACCGGGGUCUAUUUGUGUAUAAUAGACUCGCUUUUGGAGUUAGCUCAGCUCCCGCCAUUUUUCAGCGAAUUAUGGAGAACCUCAUGAAAGACCUGGAUGUAGUCGUCUAUUUAGAUGAUUUGUUAAUUACAGGAAAAACUGAACAAGAUCACUUGCAGAAGCUACAAGCAGUGUUGCAGAGACUUCAGGAGAGUGGCUUGAGAGUUAAGAAAGCCAAAUGUGAGUUUGGGAAAAAGCAGAUUGAAUACCUGGGGCAUGUAUUGAACAGCCAAGGCAUCCACCCCUCUCCAGGCAAGGUAAAAGCAAUCAAGGAGGCACCAGCCCCAUCUUGUGUUAAAGAACUGAGAGCUUUUUUGGGGCUAGUUAAUUACUACGGGCGAUUCGUGCCUAACCAAAGCACAGUGCUAGCUCCUCUCUAUAGGCUGUUAAAAGACCAGGUGGAAUGGGAGUGGAAGAGGCCUGAGCAAGGAGCCUUUGACAAGUGCAAGGAGUUGCUAAUCAGUGACAAGGUACUUGUGCACUAUGACCCUGAUCUACCACUCACCCUAGCUUGCGAUUCUUCAGCCUAUGGAAUAGGUGCUGUCAUUCAACAUGAGAUGCCAUCGGGAAAGAAACGUCCAAUUGCUUACGCAUCAAGGACGCUCGCCCCUGCUGAGAAAAAAUACUCUCAGAUUGAGAAAGAAGGACUGUCAUUGAUAUUCGGAGUAAAAAAGUUCCAUCAAUACUUAUGGGGAAGGAAAUUCAAACUCGUGACAGAUCAUAAACCCUUGCUGACUCUGUUUGGAGAACACAAGAGUCUACCCACUAUGGCAGCAGCUCGAAUUCAAAGAUGGGCGAUCAUUCUCUCAGCAUAUGACUACAGCAUUGAGUACUGUGCGUCAGAGAAACACAGCAAUGCAGAUGGACUUUCAAGAGUACCUUUGCCUGACACGGGCGACGCAGGCACAACAGCCAUAUCAGAGAGCAUUCACGCGCUGCUGACUGCACACUUAGAGCAGGCGCCUCUGAAUGCUGAUCAAGUGGCGCGCACAUCCCGUACGGACAAUGUGCUGUCCAAGGUUCUCAGAUAUGUUAUGACUGGAUGGCCUAAUGAUGUGGACCAAAGUCUGAAAGCCUUCCACACACGCAAAUGCGAACUGUCAGUUGAGCGUGGAUGUGUGCUUUGGGGCACUAGAGUAGUGUUACCUGAAAAACUGAGAAAGACUGUGUUGAAAGAAUUGCAUUCUGGUCAUCAGGGUGUUGUAAAGAUGAAAGCCCUGGCACGCAAAUACGUUUGGUGGCCUAAGAUUGAUUCCGAUGUGGAGCAGAUAUGCAAAGUCUGUGAGAGUUGCCAGAUGGAGCAACGGAUGCCUCGACAGGUACCAUUGCAACCAUGGGAGUUUCCAGGUCAGAGCUGGAGAAGACUGCAUAUAGACUUUGCCGGCCCUUUCUUAGGGCACACCUUCAUGAUAGUGGUGGAUGCGUACUCUAAGUGGCUGGAGGUGUUCAGAAUGCCAAGCCUCACCUUACAAGCCACCAUCACUAGACUAAGGAGACUGUUUGCAGCAUACGGUCUUCCUGAGCACGUUGUCACUGACAACGGGACACAAUUCACAUCAGAGGAAUUCAAGAACUUCAUGCGUCAGAAUGGAAUUCUGCACUCAACGAGCGCCCCUGGCCACCCUGCCAGCAAUGGCCUCGCCGAAAGGUAUGUACAGACAUUUAAGAGUGGUAUGAAAAAGCUUGGACAGACCACUAUGGACAUAGAGGACAAGAUCUCUGUGUUCCUGAUGCAGAACCGCUGUACUCCAAAUUGUACCACAGGUCAGUCGCCUGCGGACUUAUUCUUGAACAGACAUAUGCGUACUCGCUUGGACCUGAUUGUUCCUGACACCGCAGUUACUGUGCGCAAGAAGCAAUAUAUGCAAAAGUUCUAUCACGAUCAACGUGCAGUAAACAGGUCUUUUACUCUGGAUGACCCUGUAUAUCUACAGAAUACAGCGGGGGGAAGAGAAAAGUGGAUUCCGGGUGUCAUAGCCGAGCAAACUGGACCAGUGUCCUACAAAGUGCAAGGGACAGACAGUGACGGCACCUACAGGAGGCAUGGUGAUCAAUUGAGAGCCCGUGUCCCAACCGAUGGCCUGGAUUUGAAUACGGACUGUACCACCACUGGCCCCGAUGUGAUCCAGGAUGACAAUCCAGCACAGAAUGCCAAGCCCGUGCAAAUGGACAAUGCAGAGAUGCAAGCGGUUCAAGAUUGA